AGAAAUGUAUUCUUUCGAAGCUCUGCAGGCCGGAAGCCCCCCAGCAAGGCGCGGGCAGGGACGGGGGCGGUAGGGCAAACUAGGCCCACUCCCAAGCCAGCGGGGAACGUUCAUUCCCAAUUCCUAUCUGCCCCAAAUGCAGAACUGAGCUGGAAGGAUAACACGGGAGCUAAGUAGCCCCGCUCACAUUCUCCACACACCCCACCCCCCCCAAACUUGGACACAGAGUAGGAGUCUGCGUCCAGGACCUUGGCAUUCACAUCCUGCCUGCCUGCCCGCACGCCGUCAGUCCCCAGACCUUUCCGGAACUCGCUGGAAAGCGGGGGUCGCUGGCCGAGGCCUGCCGGAGGCUCCCCGUGCCCAGGCCCAGCCAGGAGGAAUCAUCCCCUCCCCUCCUGCACCCCAGUCUCCGGGGAGUGUCCGCCCGGAGGCGGCCGGACCCCGGAAAACCUGUUUCCGAGAUCAAUUCCCGGAGGCCCCCGGGCGCCUGCGGAUCAAGCGGGUUGGGGCGGGGCGCGGCCCUGCUCUCCGGAGGGCUCAGCUGCCGGGGCGGGUCCCCGCAGGGGCAGGCUGGGGACAAGGUCCUGCGCGCCCGGCCCGCGCGCGGCCAUGGGACCCGGGGCUCGGAGGGGACGCGCCGCGCCCGCUGCCAGGGACUCUUGGUGGGUUCUACUCGGUCUCAGUUUGCUUCUGAGGACUUCGGGGUUCCAAGCAGCAAAUGCCUCUAAACCCAACAUUCUACUGAUAAUGGCAGAUGAUCUUGGCAUUGGGGAUCUUGGUUGCUAUGGAAACAAUACCCUGAGGACACCCAAUAUUGACCGGCUUGCAGAGGAAGGCGUGAGGCUCAACCAGCACUUGGCAGCCGCCCCCCUGUGCACCCCGAGCAGAUCUUCCUUCCUCACGGGGAGACACUCCUUGAGAUCAGGCAUGGAAGCCCAUGAUGGGUACCGCGCCCUCCAGUGGAACGGGGGAUCGGGUGGACUCCCUGAGAAUGAAACCACGUUUGCAAGAAUCCUGCAGCAACAAGGUUAUGCAACCGGCCUCAUAGGGAAAUGGCACCAGGGCGUAAAUUGUGAAUCCCGCACUGACCACUGCCACCACCCACUGAACCACGGAUUUGACUAUUUCUAUGGCAUGCCUUUCACGCUUGUGAAUGACUGUGACCCAGGCAGGCCCCCGGAAGUGGACGCCAGCACGAGAGCGAGGCUGUGGUUUUACACCCAGGUGGCGGCAUUGGGAGUGCUGACCGUUGCUCUUGGCAAGAUUUGCGGGUUAAUCUCUGUGCCCUGGAAAGCCGUCCUGGGUGCGGCCAGCCUCGUCUUCCUCUUUUUUGUCUCCUGGUAUGCCAGCUUCGGGUUUGUGCGUCGUUGGAACUGUAUCCUGAUGAGAAACCAUGACGUCACAGAGCAGCCCAUGGUUUUGGAAAGAACUGCGCAUCUCAUGCUACAGGAGGCAGUUUCCUAUAUUGAAAGAAAUAAGCACGGGCCAUUCCUCCUCUUUGUGUCCUUGCUACAUGUGCACAUCCCCCUGGUCACCACAAAACAGUUUCUCGGGAAAAGCCAGCACGGCUUAUAUGGUGACAACGUUGAGGAGAUGGAUUGGCUGGUAGGUGAAAUCCUUCAGGCCAUUGAAGAAAACGGUCUGAAAAACAUGACAUUUGCGUACUUUACCUCUGAUCACGGAGGACAUUUGGAGGCAAGAGACGAACGCGGCCAGCUGGGGGGAUGGAAUGGAAUAUUCAGAGGUGGCAAAGGGAUGGGGGGCUGGGAAGGCGGCAUCCGCGUCCCGGGGAUCUUCCGGUGGCCUGGGGUGCUGCCAGCUGGCCGAGUGAUCCACGAGCCCACCAGUCUGAUGGAUGUCUUCCCCACCGUGGUCGAGCUGGGGGGUGGCCACAUGCCCCAGGACAGGGUGAUCGAUGGCCGUAGCCUGGUGCCCUUGUUGCAAGGGACUGCCGAGCACUCAGCACACGAAUUCCUGUUUCAUUACUGCGGGAAGUAUCUGCACGCAGCACGCUGGCACGAGAAAGACAGCGGAAGACUCUGGAAGGUUCACUAUAUGACACCGCGAUUCCACCCCAAGGGGGCGGGGGCCUGCCACGGCCAAGGCGUGUGCCCCUGCUCCGGGGACGGCGUGACCCAGCACAGCCCGCCUCUGCUCUUCGACCUGUCCAGGGACCCUUCGGAGACGCGGCCCCUGUCCCCUGGCUCGGAACCCCGGUACCACGCGGUGCUGGCGCGGGUGCAGGAGGCGUUGGAACAGCACAGGAGGACCCUGAGUCCUGUGCCCCCCCAGUUUUCCCUGGGCAACAUCGUCUGGAAGCCGUGGCUGCAGCCGUGCUGCGGAACCUUCCCCUUAUGCGCGUGCAUGCAGGAUGGAGACCCCAGCGAGGCGUGACCUCACCCUCGGCCACGGUGCCCGUCAUCCAACACAGGUUGGCGACCGGGUGCAGAGAAAGGAGCGCUCAUGCACCGUUGCUGGGAAUGCAGACUGGUGCAGCCACCCUGGACAACAGGAAGGCGGUUCUUCAAACAGUUAAAAGCAUACAUGCCCUACAGUCUAGUCUAGUGAUCGCGGUGUUGCAUCCACACGACUCCUGAAACAGAAUGCUAUGGGCACCAGUGACAGUCACAACAAAGUUUAUUACAAUGAGAGGCAAGGCUGACCGAUGGGGACCAACACUCUUGAUAAGAGUGCGGCCCCGAACAGCCGGGGUACAGAGUUUUUAAAGCCGAUCACAUCGUUUUAUCACUAUCUGGGAACAGAACAGAGAAACAGUUCCCAGAGGAGUCAGAAACAGUUAUCGAAUGAGGUGAUUGUUUUAGACUUUCUGCUGCUAAGUUGCAACCAGGGGAUCUCUUUGCCCUUGUCUCUGAUGCUCUUUUUUUGAGCUUUUGUUUCCUUCAUUGGUAAAGCCUGAUUCACAAGAGUAUGAAGUAUGAUUUACAAGAGUAAAAGAGCGUAAGACUGGCUGCCAGGGUCUGGGGGAGGCGGGGAGGGGGGUGGUCGGAGGGCAGGAGCUUCCAGUUGUAAGAGGUCUACGUUGUGCCCGCCUCACGGUCCACGUAGAUUAUAGCUCCUAAUACAGUGGUAUAUACUUGAACUCUGCAGAGAGCAGAUGUCUGGUGUCCUCACCGCGCACACAGGGGGCGAUCACGACUGCAGGUGGCAGCUGGGCUCAUGAACGAGACUGGGGCGCUCAUUUCAUGAUGGACACGUGCAUUGAAUCGUCACGCUGUCCUCCGUCAAUACAUACAAUUUGAUGUGUCACUUCUACCCCAAGAAAGCUGGGAAAUAAAUGCUUAAAUUUU